AUGAAACAGACUGAGUAUGCCAUCAUUGAUGACAUCCCGCCAGACGACAAAUUAUGGCAGGAGUUCAAGGAUGCAGUACGAGCUGAGGGAUGGGUAAAUGGUCCGGAUGACAGCGUCCUCAUCAUUCUACCGAAACUUGCUAAAUCAGUGGUGGCUCAGAACAAAACAGAUGGCAGCUUCAUUGGUUCUGUGGUCUGGUGCGAAAACGAAGGAUUAGCCUAUAUUGCCUUCUAUAUAAUACUACCAGAAUAUCGAGGAUUUGGAAUUGGUUCAGCCAUUUGGAAGCGAGCUUUGGAACGAAUUCCGUCCGAUUGCACAAUAGGCCUACGAUCGGUGGAACGUAUGGUGCAUCGUUACAAAUCCACGGACACCCCAAUCGAAGGGCAACAAACCUUCCAUCAAAGAAUUCGUGUCACUGAUUUAUUGAGAAUCGCCAAGUCUCACACUUUAGCGGAUUCAACGACCAAACUAGCGAGCGAUUUGAACGACAGAGAGUACGAAGAAAUGCUUUCCUAUUCGAACGAAGUUUGCGGACGUGAUCGAUCUCAUCUACUACGCCUUUAUUUCGACCUCGAUUUCACAGAAGGCGCGAUUCUCACUGAUUCGACUGAGAGAAUUCGAGGAUUCGCUUCAAUGACGCCCACGGGUGAUCCAGAUAAACACCUUUAUAAAAUCUCCCCAGUAUAUGCCGAAGGGAUUGAUGAAGCUUUAUCCGUCAUUCGUCCUCUACUUGUCAAAAUACUGAAGAAGGAUCCUGACGCGAUCGCUCUUAUCAAUACAUGGAACAACUCGGCCGGGGAAAAUCUACGGUCGCUUCUUCAAGAGCAUUGCACGGAGUCUAAGAUCUCCGGCUACACCUUAUUCAGCAAGCCAUAUCGCAAUACGAUGGACUUCUCACGGAUGUUUGUCGGUCAUAACAACUCGUGUCACUUUGAUGCUUAA